AUGGAUUCAGAUAUUUCAAUUGUUAGAAAUCAUUUUGACGAACGUUUCUCAACUGAAUUAUAUGAAACAAAACUUCGAAGUACAUACUAUUAUAUUUAUCUUGUAAACAACUGGUUAGCAUUUUUCCCUUUUACCAUAGGUUUAGUUGGAUGGCUUCGUCUUCUACCUAAUAUAAAGUGUCUCACUUGUGACUUGACAGAAUUGAGAUAUUGGUUUAUUAAUGAUCUUCACAAUCAAUAUUUUGAUACAUUUCUACAACGUCUUGAUCGACUGUAUGUCAAUUGUUCGUGCAUUAUUACUAGAGAAAUGAAUGAAGAAUUACUGACAUCACUUCUUCAAUUUCUUAUUGAUGAAGAUCGUUUACCUCAGUUACAAUUCAUUUGUUGCAAAAACAUCUUGUCAGCAUGGACCAACAUUGAUCAAUUGAUUGAUUUUAUUCUUAGCCGCAUGGUGGAACAUCAAUUGACAUGUAUGUGCUUCGAUUUUGAACAACAAAAACAGCUGUCGACUGACUUAAGAACGACUGAUGAAACCAUUAGAAUCACUGAACCUCCAUGUGUUGUUUAUAUUCAUCGAUUUAUUUCGUCAAAUCGUGUCUCUUUAUGGAUCGAACGACAACGAAAAUAA